GACUACAUCAGCCAACGGGAUGAUCACAAGAACCCUAGAAGGGCCCAAGGACUAUGGGGAGAAGACCACCCCAGCCAAUGGGAAGACCAUGAGAACCCCAUCAGGGUUCAAGGACCAUGAGAAGACCACCCCAGCCAACAAGGAGAUCACAAGAUCCCUGGAAGGGCCUAAGGAUCAUGAGAAGAAGACCACUACGGUCAACAGGAAGAUCACAAGUGCCCCAGAAGACCCCAAGGGACAUGAUGAGAAGACUACAUCAGCCAAUGGGGUGACCACAAGUGUCCCAGAAGGGCCCAAGGAACAUGAGGAAAAGACCACAAGAACUCCAGAAGGGCCCAAGGACCACAGGGAGAAGACCACCACAGUCAGGAAGAUCACAAGUGCCCCAGAAAGGUCCAAGAACCAUGAGGAAAAGACUACAUCUGCCAAUGGUAUGAUCACGAGAGCCCCAGAAGGCCCCAAGGAAUAUGGGAAGAAAACCACAAGAACCCUAGCCAAUGGGAAGACCAUGAGUGCCCCAGAAGGGCCCAAGGACCAUGGGAAGACCACCCCAGCCAACAGGGAGACCACAAGAGCCCUGGAAGUUCCCAAGCAUCAUGGGGAGAAGACCACCACAGUCAACAGGAAGACCACUAGAGCCCUAGGGGGGCCCAACGACCAUAGGGAGAAGACCACCCUGGCCAAUGGUAAGACCACAAGAGUCCCAGAAGGGUCCAAGGAUGAUGGGGGUAAGACCAACAGAGCCCUACAAGGGUCCAAGGACCAUGGGGAGAAGAACACAACAGUCAAUGGGAUGACCACGAGAGCCCCAGAAGGCCCCAAGGACCAUGGGGAGAAGACCACCAGAGCCCUAAAAGGGCCCAAGGACCAGAGGGAGAAGACCACCCCAGCCAACGGGAAGACCACAAGAGCCCCAGAAGGGCCCAGGAACCAUGGGGAGAAGACUACACUGGCCAAUGGGAUGACCACAAGAGCCCCAGAAGUUCCUACAGACCAUGGGGAGAAAACCACCCCAACCAACAGGGAGACCACAAGAGCCCCAGAAGGGCCCAAGGACAAUGGGGAGAAAACAACACUGGCCAAUAGGAUGACCACGAGAGCCGCAGAAGUCCCCAAGGACCAUGAGGGAAAGACCACUAGAGCCCUAGAAGAGCCCAAGAACCAUGGGGAGAAGAACACAACGGUCAAUGGGAAGACCACAGGAGCCCCAGGAAUUCCCACAGACCAUGGGGAGAAGAUCAUCUCGGCCAACAGCAAUACCACAAGAGCCCCAGAGGGGCCCAAAGAACAUGGAGAAAAUGCCACUCCAGCCAAUAAGAAGACAACAAGAACUCAAGCCAAAUCUAUAAAACAUGGAGUAAAGGCCACAUUGGCCACUGAGACCACAAAACCCCCAAGAAAACCUAAAGAAAGUGUAGGAAAAAACACAGCUUCCACAGAGACUAUAAGACCUCCAUUCAAUGUCACAGGAGACAAAUCUGUCACUAAUACCUCUCCUGGUUCAAAUAAAACUGAUGUUACCUAUGGGGUACCCAUUGGUUCUUUUACACUCACCACAUCUCAUAUAGAGCUGAGUUCCAUCAUGUCAGAAGCCCCAGGCAACCAAAACCAUCCAUAUCAGAACAAAGAUGGCUCACAGGGAGGUCUUCGUGCUGGAGGAAUGAGGGAGAAUGAUUCAUUCCCUGCAUGGGCCAUAGUUAUUGUGGUCCUGGUGGCUGUGAUUCUCUUCCUGGUGUUCCUUGGCCUUAUCUUCUUGAUUGCCUGUACGAUGAAAACACGCCGUGCACUGGUCCAGAACACAGAGGACAAUGACCCAGAGGAUGAUGGGGGCCCUAAUUCCUACCCAGUCUACCUGAUGGAGCAGCAGACUCUUGGCAAGGGCCAGAUCCCUUCCCCACGGUGAUCCUUCAGAAAGGUCCCAGCUCUUCCAUGCCCUUCCUAAGAUGAGGAAUUAGACUCACCAUUCCUAUUUCCUGGACUCCAGGAAGGGCAGAGUACUGGCAGUUAACAGCAUUAACUCUUCAUCAGCUGUGUUCUUAUUGAAACUGGUCAAGGGAUGAGGUGAUAAGCAAGAAGGAUAAGCAAGAAGGGAGAUAAAGAAGAAAGAAUGAAUAAUGCAAGUGUUCUCUGCAGAAGAUGGUGGUCUUGGAAUGAAAACAUGUUUGAUGGACACAUGGGGUAGACACCAACAUAGGACACUGAGUCUUGGGAGGAGCAGCAUGACUAAAGGAAGUUUGGGGGCCUUAGAAGGCAAUGCCCCAUAUCUGACUGUGAGUUGGAGAUUGAGGACAGAGUUCCUGGGUGUCAGGACCAAUCUAUAAUAUUUCCAUGUACUAUUACUUAGAUUUUGUGUAUAAGCAGGCUCGUCUUUGACUUCCCAGGACACUUGCCUACCUCCUUUUUAAAAUGAAAAAAGUAUAAUCUGAGAAGAAAAGAGAACUUAUUUCCUUCACCCUCUCUAUACCAAGGAGCAAGGAAAAUUCCAGAAAAGAUCAUAAAUGUCUCUCAUCCAGAUGGUUCUUCCCUCUUCCUUCUGAAUCCUUUAGUUUUUUCUAAAUGUCUACAGUAGACAUCCUGCUGGUCUGGCUUUCUGGGUUGUGGGUGGCACAGAGGGAGGGAUUUUUGUGUGGUCUGCAGUCUUAUCCAUUUAUCCCCAUUCCAGACUGUCCCUGAUGGUGUUCCCCACUCAUUAUUUAUUUUCCUGUCGGUUCUACCAAAAGCCAGUCCAGGCUUUUUCCUGGAAGAGUCACUUGUCUUCUCCACUGCCCCCAUACUCUCUCUACUCACACUUUCACCCCAGAUUUUGAUAUUCCCCCUUAUAGGCAUAUCAUCUGGAUUUUCUCUCCAACUUAUUAAAGCCCUUUCACCUAUUACUGAUUUGGCAUAGUGGAAAGA